UCACUUGCAUUUGUUUACUGUACAUAUUUGUUGUCGCCCACUGCAUCUUCCAAUCUGUUCUUCAUCUUCUUAGUUUCUUGUCAUAGCUGUCUAUGAGAGAGAUUUCUUCGAGUCGCAAUGGAAGUGGAACAGAGAUCAUCACACCUCAUCAAGAAUGGUUAUUUAUGUGAGGGAGAAGCACCGCCGCCACCACCAGCAAGGAAAGAGAUAUCACAGUUGCAGGACAAAGAAAUUGAACUUAAAAAGACAGCAGCUAGAGGUAGCAAAGCUAAACAAGGAGUGAAGAAGAAACAGGUGGAGGAAGAGAUAUCUCAACUUUUUGCUAAGCUAAAAAAGAAACACACUGAAGAACUUGCGUCGUUAGGCUAUAGUAACAAGAACAGCAACAGUAAUGGAAAUGAAAAAAAUAACCUUGACAAUCUAGUGAAGGCCAUAGCUGGAGUGUCGAUGACAGCUCAAUCUGACCAUUCAAAGCCCAGCAAAAGCACGAAGAGGAGGGAGAAGAGGGCUCAACAAGAAGCGGAAAGAGACAGAAGAAUCGAAGAGGAGCAGAGCAACAUUGUGAGUAAUAGAAUGGUUGAGAAUGAGCAGUUGGAAAAGAAGCUUGGACCUCUUGGUUUGACUGUUCACGAAAUCAAGCCAGAUGGGCAUUGCCUCUAUCGAGCAGUCGAAAACCAGCUCACCUUCCUUUCCGGUGGUUCGCCUCCAUACACAUUCCAAGAACUUCGCAAGAUGAUGGCAGUUUAUAUGAGAGACUGUUAAGGAUCCCACGUUGAAAAAAGAAAGGACCUUACGAUGAUUUAUAAUAAAUAUGGGCUACUCCUCUCAUUCCCAAUUGGUUUUGAGAUGGAACCUCAUGAAUAUUAAUAUGGUAUCAGAAUCCAAAACGCUUAAACGAGCAACCGAUCCAAAAAUGGGAUUCGGCCAAGAUCGAUGAGCUAAAAGAGUCACGAUCUUGAAGGGGCAUGUAAAGGAUCUCACAUUGAAAAGAGAAGAGACCUUACAAUGAUUUAUAAUAAACAUUGGCUACUCCUCUCAUUGCCAAUUGAUUUUGAGAUGGAACUCCAUGAAUAUUAAUAGAGACCAUUCACCUAAUUACAUGCCAUUUUUUCUCUCAGACAACACCAUAGAUGGCAACACCGAUGAUUUGAAAAUUACUGCAAGGAAGUCGAGUCAACAGCAGCGUGGGGAGGGCAGCUGGAGCUCGGAGCUUUGACCCAUUGCCUUAAAAAACAUAUCAUGAUAUUUUCAGGAUCCUUCCCAGAAGUGGAAAUGGGGAAGGAAUACAAAUCAGAGGGCUUAGUGAAGAGGCUGUCGUACCAUAAGCAUGCCUUUGGACUUGGGGAGCACUACAAUUCUGUGGUUCCUGUAUGAGACCCAAUUGGGCUACUUUGCUUUUGCAUCUAUUCUGCAAUAUCUUUUGAGCCUUGAGUUUGUACCUAAAGGACAAGACUUUGCUAACAUAUAGAUUGUUCUUCUUUUUGUUU